AUGAGCCGACAAUCCCCAAUACCUGCAGGGAGAGCUGCUAUCGCCGAUGAUGAUGACCCAGUCAUUCCACGUCGGCUCGAUCUAUCGCUGAAUCCGGAAGAUGGUUCCUUACUCACAGCUCCCCUGCUGAGCGUCCUCAUGGCAGUCACGGACAGUCUCUACUCGGACUUGUACCACAUGGCGCAAGGCGAAGUCGAUGUAACUUCUUCAUUACCAGUAACCGGAGCAGACGAUCCAGAAGAGUCGGAAGAUCAACCUCAACAACCUCAAGCAAGCAGCCUAAAAAAGGAAAGAAUGUCCAAUCUCAGUUUUGCGCAACGACGUCACGAAUUGUCGUGGAGAUUAAUGUCCCAUGGCAAAUCAUUGACGCAUGUGGCUGCGUUAACGGCUGCUGCGGCAUCGGCUGACUUGGCCACGGCUACCCAAGUAUCCACCAAAGCCUUGCAACACGCUCGGACUGCCUGGGUCCAAGCCGAUGAAGCUCAGGAUGCCCUCUUUUUCUUUCAUGCCCAACUGUUUCCAGCACGACAGGCCCCUCAUGAUGUCUAUGGAGCUUUGGAUUUGUUACUGAGAGGAAGUUGGCCGGACAUGCCCCAAGAUUUACAAUUGCUGGUGGAUCGAUACGAAAACUCGCAAGAAAAGUCCUGGCCUUCGAUGGAAACUGCAGAUCGGUGGCAUAUGGCGGUCCGCGAGAAAUUGUUGUUGGGCGAAAUGGGAUGGAUGAAACAAAAGGGCAUUCAAGUGCCCUGGAAGAUUUCGCUAAGAGGAGGAGUGGUCCGCUUGACGCACGGAACCCCCAAAGCAAUUGUGGUGGACGGAGAACGCAAAAAGACCUAUCCCAUGGAGGCAGUAUUGACGGUAUUGGACAGCACUUCGACACCAGCUAAUUGGACCUUGGUCAGCGUUGAAGUACAUGCACAAGCCAAGACUGGACAAUCCAAUCAUCAACUGGAUACUUCGAAUCGGCAACGGUUUGAUAUUCAUCGAUUGUGUGCCUUGAGCAUGGCACGGGAAGAAGCCAGAAAUCGCAAAGAAGGCGGCGAGGGCAAAGAACAGCAACCACAGCAACAGCCUCCCGCUCGACCACUACAUGCACUAUUUCAAGUGGCUCAUACUUUUUGUCUAAGUUGGCAGUUGGAAAUUCUAUCCGCACAGGCUCAAGCCUUGCGCAAGGGUGUUUGGGGUUCGUCUUCCUCUUCCAUUGUGGUGACACCAGCACAAUUUUUCCAGAAUCGAUCUCUUCUUGGUAUCGUUUCCAUCAGCUUUUGGUCCAUUGACGAUCGUUAUGGACCUCCUUGUAUGGGGGAUCUUCAUGUCGAAGACGAAGAGGAAGAUUCCAGCACAAACAAGGAAUCAUCUGGUACCAAGCAAUCUUCGUCAGACUCGGUCUCCACCGUAUCUCGAUCCAUAAAUGAGCCUUCGGUGACCAAUCAAUUGACCUUAUCAGUCCGUGCCGAAGCGAAUGUGGGAAUCCGUGUAGCCCUAAGUGGAGCAGAUACGAUUAUGGAAUUUGCCAGUGCCCAGCCGCAUACUCGAGAGGCCAUUCAGCAAUUGCUGAAUGCGACUUCCAAUCCAUUUUGCUUGUCGGCCAGUGAAGCUCUUUUGGCCGCCACCCAUCUUUGUGCCGAACGAAAAUGUCAGGCCAUGGUUAAUGUGCUGCCAGAUUUUUUACCCCAUUGGAUCCAUUUGAGUCUAGACCGUGCUAGCAUUGUGGUGGCUGCCAGUAUUGAAUACGAUGGAAUUGUACAGUCAGAGAAGCGAGGACCAGUUGUUCUGUUCCGACUGACUUGCGACGCCCGAACAGGUUCCUUCAUUCCAACCUUUUCCAGGAGCACUCAGCUGCUGCAGUUCAUGGCGUGCAAUGAUCCUAAGGCGGCAAGCGAGUCGGCAACCCUACGGAUAGCUACGCUUGCCAAUCAUCGACGUGCUUCAAGAGCUGUGGGGGCAUCCAUGGCAACUGGGCGUUCGGUUCGUGAUGUCUUUCAGGGGCUGGUCCGAUCCAUCAAUGUUUUGGGACAACGCACGGGUGUGGGAGGCUCAUGGAAAGACAAGGAUGACAUGUCGUCUUCCUUGCGUCUUCGUGCAGUUCAGACAGCAUGUAAGGAUGUCAAGGUUUCACUGCAGAACUGCUGUGGAAUGGCUGCAAUGUACGGUUUGGCGGCCUUAUCAUUUGGGGUGGCCACGGGUGUCUCGGCCAUACCAGAUAUGGCGGGAGGAUGCCUUGAGCCCAAUCGUGGCAACGGAAAGAAGUUUCUGCUGGCUCCUCCACUGAGCCUUCUGAUUGAUCAACAUAUGAUUGAAACAACGCAGAGGACAUCAGAUGGAGAUAAAACGCAGAAGAUCUACACUGAGCAAGAGCUUUUUGGUACCUGUUGCGCUGUCGACGAUUCUGCUCUUACAGUGUACGGGUUGAAGAUCAAUACGAGACUCGAUACUCCAAGUUCAGUACCAAAUCGCACAUCUUGGGAACUGAAAAGGUUUCAUCAGUCUGGUCCACAGCUGAUACCAAUGGAAGUGGAAGAUGUCCGGCCGAUGAAGCGAGCACGAAUGACGGAAUCUAGCAACGGUGGACUCGUUGCUCACGACAUGACAAAAGAGGUUGAAUAUUUUGCAUCGGUACUCUCUGACACACUCGAGAUGGAGAGAUAG